CAGGGCCUGAUCUCGAAUGGAAGGAAUGUCUGACUGAGAAUCCCACAAAAUAAAAAGAAAAUAUAACACCAAACUACUUUGGUGGACUAAAAUUUUUUUAUCAAAUAUGCUGUGAACAGAUAAUUGCAGGUUUUAAAUUUAGGGAGACCUGAAUGAUUUGCAUUCUCUUCCAGCAGCCAAGUGGUUACAUCAUGAUAUGCUUGCUUUUUUUUUUUUUUUUUACCAAACAUCCAACCCCUUUUCUCCCUCUCAUUUAUAGAAGCCAGCAAACUAUUUACAGAAUGCAGACUGCUCUGUAGGGUAUUCUGUCUUGUUACUGUAACAAUACACAAUGGCAGACAAGGGUGGAAUAAACAAAGAAGUCUUAAAAAUUCUGGAAGUGGCUCAGGGAAAAUCACAGGACGAGCUGCUUUUUACUUACAAAGGAGUGCUAUUCCCUUCUAGUACUUGCAGUAAUGAGACAUUUGAGGCUAUGGAAUCGUUUGAGGCCAGAGAGGAUGAUGUGAUGUUGACGGCUUACCCUAAAUGUGGAUCGAAUUGGGCUGUGCAUUUGCUAAAAGACAUGAUACAUGCGACUUAUAAUAAAACUCCACCAGGAGUGAUCCCACUGCUAGAGUUUGGAGCUCCCAACAAAUUUGAGAAACUGAAGGAAGAGUCUUCACCUAGACUAAUAGCAACACAUUUAAAUUAUGAUCUAAUACCCAAAUCUUGCUUCAAAAAGAAGACAAAGAUGCUGGUUGUGUUUCGCAAUCCCAAAGACACAGCUGUGUCACUUUUUCAUUUCUAUAACAACAACCCAAUGCUUCCCAACUAUAGUUCAUUUGAUAAUUUUUUUCCAGAUUUUUUAAGUGGAAAAGUUAUGUAUGGGUCAUAUUUUGAUCAUGCUGUUGAAUGGAACAAGUACAUUGAUGAAAGCAGAGUUUUAUUGCUGACAUUUGAACAGAUGAAAGCGGACUUGGAAGUCUCAAUAAAGAAGAUUGCAGAGUUCUUUGGGUUCCCUCUGACUGAGGAGCAGGUUAAAAAUAUAGCCAAUGGAGCCUCAUUCAAGUCCAUGAAGGAGAAAUCAGGAGAAACUCACGGGAAAUUUGGACCAGUUAUUUUCAGGAAAGGUGAUGUGGGAGACUGGAAACAAUACUUCUCAGAAGAUCAGAACCAGCAAAUUGAUGCAAAAUUUGAAGAGUGCUUAGCAGGAACAAAACUAGGAGAAUUGCUGCAGUAUAACAUACAUUGCAAAUAAUACACGCAAAAAUAUGAACUGAAAAUAAUCAAUAAACAUUUAUCCAUCUUUAAAUUA